GGAGGGAGGGAGGCGGCGCGGGGAGGAGGGGCGCCGCCGCCGAGCCACUCUCCGCGCUCCGCCGCGCUCCCCGCCAGACACUCGGGGAGCUCCAGCCGCGCGGAGCGCACCCCGCCGGGCUGCUCCCCAAACUUCAGCCGCAGCCAGCCGCAUCCCAAGCCUUCCCGGCUGAUUCCCCCCGAAAAGAAGCCGAGCCGCGAGGCUGAGCAGCAGCCCGCGGGGGAGCAAGAGAACCGCAGAGCGAGCGGAGCCCCGGGAGCAGCCUCCCCAGCGCAGCGGCUCCGGGGCGCCGGGAGGGAGCGCAGAGCCAACAAGUGAGAAGGCGGCGCGGCCCCGGGCGAGCGGAGGACCCGGGAGCCAACCCGGGGGAGGCGGAGAGCGCCCCGAGCCGGAGCCGGAGCCGGAGCCGGAGCUCCCAGCCUGAGCCCGACCCCCCAGCUGCAGCUGCUUCGCUCGGAUCCCUGGUCGCGGCUGCGCCCGGUGCCGGGCAGGAGGCUUCGCGGCGCUCGGGCGGCCAGCGGCGGCUCCGGCCGGUCCUCGGGGAACAUGGGGCGCGCCUGGAUCCUGCUCACCCUGGGCUUGGUGGCCUGCGUGGCGGCGGAGUCGAGGGCAGAGCUGACGUCUGACAAGGACAUAUACCUGGACAACAGCUCCAUUGAGUUCGCGUCCGGAGUGUAUCCCAUUGAUGACGACGACUAUGCUUCUGCAUCAGGCUCCGGAGCGGAUGAGGAUGUAGAGAGUCCUGAGCUGACAACAUCUCGACCGCUUGCAAAAAUCCCGUCCUCCAGUGCUGCUCCCAGAGUGGAAACCACGACGCUGAAGAUGCAGAACAAGAUACCUGCUCAGACGAAGUCACCUGAAGACGUCGUUGAGGAGAAAGAAGUUCACCACCCUGACUCAGAAAGGAAAAGGGACCCAGACGAAGAGGAGACAAAUGUGUUCACUGAGAAGCACCCGGACAAUCUGUUUAAAAGGACAGAAGUCCUGGCAGCCGUCAUCGCUGGUGGAGUGAUCGGCUUCCUCUUCGCCAUCUUCCUCAUCCUGCUGCUGGUGUACCGCAUGAGAAAGAAGGAUGAGGGGAGCUAUGACCUUGGAGAACGCAAACCAUCCAGCGCAGCAUACCAGAAGGCACCCACUAAGGAGUUUUAUGCGUGAGACUCCCAGAGAGUGUCUCUAUUUAUGAGAUCACGGAACUUUAAACAAAUAAAGCUUUUGCAUAGAAUAAUGAAGAUCUUUGGGUUUUUUUGUUUUGUUUUUGUUUUGUUUUGUUUUUCAUUAAAGAGCCAUUUUGGCACUUUAGUGAUAAAACCCCAUUGUAUUUAAAAAAAAACAACAACAAAACUUUACAUGUAUUUCUUUAGAACAACCUAAAAUAAUUAAAACGUAACAUCUGCAGUGUUCUGUGAGUAGCAGUGGCAAAAUAUUGUUAUGAAAAUUCUCCAUGUUCAUGGGAUCGGUCUAAACUUGGAUGCGCCAAUGAUUGUUUUUUACGCUGUUUAAUUUGCGUCAGCAUGUCUCCCACGGACCUAGCCACGUGGGUCUUACUUUGUUAAUUUAUCUGUUGUUCCCUUCUCCUCCUCUGCUCUCCCCUCGUGUCCCGUGACAAAACAAAACAAGACUCUAGCCUUUUGUAGCUGUUACAGUGCAAUUUGUCUUUGGAUAAUUUUAGGUAAUGGUAAGGGAGUGUAUAUGUGAUUUUCAAACAUGUAAACUUUAACCUUUUUUUUUUUUUUAAGUGUCAGACUAUCCAUUUUACACUUUGUUUUUCAUGACCUGUAGCUUCAGGCAGAUUUGCAAGAGCAAAGUAAUGUGUAAAAUUGGAUUAUUACCAGAAAACGGUUGUGUCAUCUCUAAUCAGAUCUUCCUUUGGGAGGAUUUGAUGUUGAGUGACAGACAAGCCUCAGCAAACCCAAAGAUGCUAACAGUAUUUUGAGAAGUUGCUGCAGAUUCCUUCGGCCACUGUAUUUGUUAAUUUCUUGCCAUUUGAAGGUACGAGUAGGAGUUUGAGGAAAAGUCUGUUUUUGUUCUUAAAAAUGCAUUUAAGUUGUAAGCGUCUUUUUAAGCCUUUGAAGUGCCUAUGAUUCUAUGUAACUUGUCACAGACUGGUGUUAAUGAGUAUAUAUAACAGUUAAAAAAAAAAAGUUGGUAUUUUAUAAGCACAGACAAUUCUAAUGGUAACUUUUUUUGUAGACUGAUGAAUAGACCUAAAUUGUAAUUUGGGAACAUGAAAACUACUGAAUAAAUCAUGUGGCCUCAU